AUGGCGCCAGAGGACGAGGUCUCGAAGCUCCGCAAUCGUCUGCGAGAUACGCAGGAUUCCCUCGCUAUCGCACUUGCUCGCAUCGAGGGGUACAGGCUGCGCGAGAAGCACCUCCUGCAGCACAACAAUGAUCUCCGCCGCGCGCUCGUCGCCGUCGGCGUCGACGAGAGCCACAUCCCGGGCGGAGUCCCCACCACAGGACCUGAGCAUUUGUACGCCAACCGCUCCCGGCGAUCCGGGGAGCACAACGGGGCGAUAGCGCAGCAAGACAGCCUCGCCUCGGCCCUCGAGGGCAUGGUCUCGAGCGUGUCGUCCCCGAAGGCGCGGCCCCAGGGCGGGGAGUUACAGCAACUGCAGGAGGACGAACAUCCCGUGCGGCUGUACUCUCCGAGCGGGCGGUCCUCGCAGGCGUCGGUGAUUCUCUCGGAUACGUGCAUGCAGAUCGUCGAGGUCAAGGCGCGCAUCUUCGCCAAGGAUUUCGUCGGGAUCACCCACGGGCGCAGGCCGGCGCCGACCGCAGCCUCCGCGACCCCGCGGCCGCCGCUGGCCCCCGCCUCGCAGGGCGCUGCGCACGCAAAGCCGCCUCAGAGACUCGGUGGGGUGCCCGCCACUAGUCCUAUUAAACAGUCUCGCAGUUUCCUCAACCGGCUUGGUCUCACGGGCGCGCGGGGAGCGUCCGCGACGGAGGCGCCGAAGCCCGCCGCGCGGUCGCCGCAGAGAAGCCCGUCGCAGGCGGGCGUGGCGGGGGUGUCCCACGACACCCUCCCGAGUCAGGUUGCGCGGCCCGGCGGCGCGGCGCUCGACGUCGGCGAACGGUGUGCUUCGCAGCCAGAUAGCGAUCCCGGGCUGCCGGGGCGCGAAACGUCGGCGUCGGACCCGGGGCGGGAGGUGUUUAGCUUCGAGGCAGGGGGGGAGUCCGGCGGGGACGACGACGCGUCGCGGCCGGUGUGGGAGGUGUACUGGAAGGAGGGCGGCGGCGAGGGGGAGCUGCGGAAGGUCGUUUUCGAGGCUCCGACGCGCACCCGGGCGGUGAUGGACGGGCAAGUGCAGGCGUGGUCCGUGGCGCUUGGCCGGCGGAUCGCCCGGGCGCCGGAGCAGACGCUGCCCGCCGCAGCGCGCAACAUCCUCGAGUCGGACUCCGCGCGCGACGCCAGCACCCCCCCGGUCGUCGCGGUCGACAGCGCGUCGGGCCGCGCGUCAGACAUUGUGCCCAGCGCGCAGGCCGGCGCCGCGGACGUGAUCCGCAAGGCGGCCGGGCGGCGGCGCUCGCCGUCGCAGCCAGAGGUGCUCUCCAGCGCGGAGGCGCUGCUGCCGGGCGAGAUGCCAGACAAAGACGCCAGGGCGAUUUGGUACAUCCAACCGGAGCACUUGGCGCCGGGACCGUUCCUGCCAGAGGUCGUUGGAUCGUCGCGGAUCCUCGGGGAGGCGCAGAUCCGGUCGCUCACGGCGGCGCUGCCGCUGCGCGUGCGGCAGCGGCGCUGGGUGUUGCAAUACACCUCGGCGCGGCACGGCACGUCCCUCGCGACGCUGUACCGGCAAUGCAGCGCGGCGCACAGCGUGCUCGUCGUGCGGGACUCGGGCGGGUACGUGUUCGGGACGUACGCGACGGAGCCGUGGAAGGUGUCGCCGCGGUAUUACGGCACGGGGGAGUGUUUUGUGUUCCAGCUGGCGCCGCACGCCGUGGCCUUCCGGUGGCGGCAGGGGGACCCGACGCGGAACUCGUUCUUCCAGUUCUCGUCGCCGGAGUCGCUCGCGGUCGGCGGCGGGUCGCACUUCGCGCUCUGGCUGGACUCGGACCUGCAGCACGGGCACUCGGGGGUGUGUCAGACCUUCGGCAGCACGUGUCUGUCGAGCGCGGAGGACUUCAAGGCCGUGCAGGUGGAGGUGUGGGGCAUCGUGUCCGUGGUCGAUUAG